AUGUUCAUCGCCUCUUUCUUUCUAUCUAUCUAUCUAUCUAUCUAUCUAUCUAUCUAUCUAUCUAUCUAUCUCAUCUCAGUCUGUUCCUAUCUAUCUAUCUACCUAUAUAUUUAUCCUUACUCUGUUCCUGUCUAUCUGCCUAACACUUCCCAAUCUGUUCUUAAUUAUCUAUUUUCUUCUCACUCUGUUCCUAUCUAUCUAUCUAUCUAUCUAUCUAUCUGUUCAUAUAUAUAUCUAUCUAUCUCUUCUCACCUCUUUCUAUUUAGCUAUCUAUCUAUUUAUCAAAUCUAUCUAUCUAUCUAUCUAUCUAUCUAUCUAUCUAUCUCUUUUCAACGUCUUUCUAUCUAUCUAUCUAUCUAUCUAUCUAUCUAUCUAUCUAUCUAUCUAUCUAUCUAUCUCUUCUCAGUCUGUUCCUAUCUAUCUACCUAUCUAUUUAUCCUUACUCUGGUCCUAUCUAUCUGCCUAACACUUCCCAAUCUGUUCUUAUUUAUCUAUCUUCUAUCUCUUCUCACUAUGUUCCUAUCUAUCUAUCUAUCUAUCUAUCUAUCUAUCUAUCUAUCUAUCUAUCUCAGUCUGUUCAUAUCUAUAUAUCUAUCUAUCUCAGUCUGUUCAUAUCUAUAUAUCUAUCUCUUCUCAGUCUGUUCUUAUCUAUUUCUCAGUUUGUUCACAUCUAUCUAUCUAUCUAUCUAUCUAUCUCUUUUCAGCCUCUUCCUAUCUAAUGUCUAUUCUCCGUCUGUUCCUACCAAUCUAUCUAUCUAUCUCUGUGCUUUAUCUACGUGA